GAAUGGCUCUUCAGCGCAUCCGUAGCUUUGCCUUUUCUUUCGUCCCCAAACAUUGGCACAGAUUGAUUCUCACUCGCCAACUAAGACUGUGGGUUCCUCCUACAUCCCCUGAACUCCUUCCAGAUGUCGUGAAGGGGGCGGUAAGGGCGUCCAAUGCGCGCGGAGAUCAGUUAUUUGUGUGUGAUUGCCCCAGGUAACCAAGGUGACCAGGGGUGUCGGGUUCAGCGUUGGCUACUCUGACUCCAGCCCGUUGCUGUGGUUCUGGGGGGAAGACCCUCCAAUCAGUGGAGGGGGGCGAGGGAUGCUGGAGGAAGUUUCUUUACCAAGGGGUCAGCUCGUGAAGCAAGUGUCUGUGGGGAGAAGACAUGUUGUGGUUCUCACCACCAGUGGUGAAGUAUUUUCAAUGGGGUUAAACUGCUUUGGACAGUGUGGCUUUCCCCUCUCCCCCUCUCCCUCCUCACCUGGCAAUCUUCUUCCUCUACAACCUCUCCACACACCUUCCCCUGUUGUCAAGGUGUGUUGUGGGUUAGACCACACCCACUUUCUCACCAGUGAGGGGCUUCUUUACAGCUGUGGCUGGUCAGAUGAUGGACAAACAGGGACAGGUUGCCGUGGUAGUUUGGCCACACCCACCAGAGUGGCAGGUGAUGUAAUGACAGAGAGGGUGAGAGACGUUCAAUGUUGUGCCGACACCUCUCUGGCCAUUACUGAGUCGUCUGGUGGAAUCUAUGGCUGGGGGAACAACGAGUACAGGCAGCUACACAUAGAGUCCAGUGACAUGCAGGUUUUCGAGCCGUGGAAAGUGAACCUACUCCCCAACCAAUCAGACGCCGGGGAGGUGGUUGCCAUGACAAUAGGCUCCUCCUUCUCGGCAACGUUGACCGAACGUGGUGAUAUCUACGUGGCGGGGCGAUUGGGAGGAAGAGAGAAGGGAGGGGAGGGGUGGGGCUUACUCCAUGACUCGGGGAGUAGGAGCAACGAGGAGGUAGUUGAUGUGAAGGCUGGACUGCACUACCUGGCCGCUCUAGUGAGGGAGGGCAAAGGUCACCAGCGAUUGCUUCUCUGGGGUCGACAUAGCACCAAAACUCCACCUUUGGCUGAUCCACAUGAGAUGGAGCUACCGUCUUCCCAUCCUGAGCUGGGACGCCGGUCCUCUUGACCUCUGUUUCGUGAUGGAAUGACAUAAUUAUGACAUCAUACCGAAUCAACCAAUCACAUCUCAGAUUCAUUAAUUAUUAACACACGCCAGAGUUAUAGAUUUCUUACGAAUGAGAUUGUUUAUUUUCUGGACAAGUUGAGGUUCAUUGUCUAGCAACUGUGCUCCUGGCUGGAACUCAAACCGGUUUCCAACCAGUUUUACGAGUUUGUCGUGCGGCAAUUGCGACAGUGACAGUGCCAACAAAUCUGUGUAUCGGAGAGUCAUUUCCAUGAGCUGUUUCUGGCCUAUUUCCCUGCUGCCAAUGGACAUGCCCACUUUUAAAGGGUUAAACCCUAUUGUCUGUGGGAUUAAUGAGUCACUGGGAGGAGGCGGCUGGGGUACGAUGUAUUCUGAUUGGUUGUUGCCAGGCAACUGCUGCAGCAUCUCAAUGAUGUAAUCCUGUGAAAAUGUACAAUGCAGCUUCCUUGGUUGCCAUGACUACUAACCCCAACCUUUCUAGCUUGAAGCCAUUGAUAGAUGUAGCGAAGUGAUUCUUGGGCUGAAAAUUAUAGAUGUUGAAAUGUUGAAUAAGAUUACACAAUAUUCACCUUGAGGAGAGUUCUCGAGCACAUCUGCAACAACUUCAUGUCCUAAUUCCUUGUCGUCUGGAAUGGAAUCGGGACUGGAUCCAGAGAGAGUGGAACCAAACGACUGCAGUCGCUUCUUAAUGAGGGGCAGCCCCUCCUUUAUUUCCUCGCAUAUGUGAGGAGGAAAAGGUCUAUGGUUUGUAUCGGCUCCAUUGAGGGCCCAAGAAACGAGGGAGAGAGAGAAGGAGAAUUGUGUUUGGAGAAGAGGAGGGAGGGAG